AUGAGAACUACCCCGCCCACGCUCCUGCAGCUAGCGGCUCAGAGCCUGCUGGAGAACCCGGCCUUGGCCGUCUCUGCUCUGGAGGAGCUGCCCUGCGAUCUCUUCCCUCUGCUCUUCUUGGAGGCCUUGAACAGGAGACACAUGGAGCUGCUGAAGGCCAUGGUGCAGGCCUGGCCAUUCCCCUGCCUCCCCCUUGGGCCCCUGUUGAGCAGACAAGACCAGGAGCCCCUACAAAUGGCCCUGGACGGGCUUGAUAUGCUGCUUGCUCAGAAGGAUCGGCCCAGGAGGGUGCAGUUGCAAACUUUGGACUUGAGGAAAACACGCCAUAGUUUUUGGAAUGUAGGCCCUGGAGCCGUUCCUGCUACCAGCUCACCUCCACCCAAAAGAAGACGUCUUGCAUCUGGGAUGCUCCACCUGGGGACGAGGGACAAGCGACCUUUAGUGGUUAUAGUAGAGAUUUGCUUUGACCCCAGUUUCAUCAAAUGUCCUCAACAGCACUUGCUUCAGUGGGCCCGAGAGAGGAGAGGCCAGGUAGAGCUGUGCUGUGAGAGGCUGCAGAUUUGGGACCCGUGCUUCUGUGCUGCCCAUGAAGCGCAACUCCACAGGCUCAUGGACACGUUGGAGCUGGGGCAUGUGAAGGUGCUGGAAAUGAACUCUCCCUGGAACUUCAACACACUGGUCAAGUUUUCUCCUUUCCUAGGCAAGAUGAUGAAUCUGCAGAAAUUACUUCUCUCUCCCAUUUAUGAGUCUAGAAACAUGAAAGAACAUCUCAUCGAGUUAUUCGUAACUCAGUUCAGCAAUCUGAACUUCCUCCAGGAACUCUAUUUGAACAGAGUCACUUUUCUCCAAGACUACCUACACCGGAUAUUCAGGUGUCUGAAGACUCCAUUGGAGUCUCUGUCAAUAACCGAGUGCCAGCUUUCAGAAACAGACUGGAUGUGUCUGUCUCUUUUCCCCGUUACCCACCAGCUGAAAUACCUGAGUCUGAGAGGUGUUACACUAACGACUUGCUGGCCUGGAUUCCUCCAGAGUCUUCUGGAGAAAGUUGCAUCCACUCUGGAGAUCCUGGACUUGGAGGAUUGUAAGAUGUCAGACUCCCUGCUCACGGCCCUCCUGCCCGCCCUGAGCCGCUGUACCCAGCUCACCAAGGUCUGUUUCUAUGGGAGCUGCAUCACCAUGCCUGUCCUGAAGAACCUGAUGCUGCACACGGCCCAGAUGAGCCAGUUAAAUGAAGAGUUGUACCCAUUCCCUCUGGAGAGCUAUGAAAGUAGCACAGGAACCAUCCACUCAGAGAGAGUUUCCCAGCAUUGUGGUGAACUUAUGAAUACCCUGAGGGACUUAAGACAACCCAAGAGGAUCUUAUUCCGUGGUAACCGCUAUCGUUUUUGGAAACCAUGA